AUGAAGAAAAUUUCAAAUCAGUUAAAAAAUGUUGACUUUUUCAGCGUAACAUACUCCCCUGCCAUAUCAGAUGGACUUAAUUAUAACCAUUCUAGUGUUAUUGGUGGAAUUAUCUCCAUGAUAAUCGGUGCUUUAAGUUUAAUCUAUUGUAUAUACUAUAUGUAUAUGUGGUGGAGUUAUUAGCUAUUGCCAAAAGUUACAGAAGAUAUAAACAAUUUUUAGGAGGAUACUGAUUUUGGUUUCAUCAAUAAUAGAAUGCAGGUAAUUGCAUAUGAUAAUAGUGGAUUAUCUCAGAUUAAUCCAUUUAAAAGUGAUGAGAUUAUCUUGAUGCCAUUAAUAAUAGAUCUUGAUGUUGGCAAUUUUGAACCUCUAAUUAGUAAUAUUACAGAUGAAUAACUACUGGAUAUAAAUAUUAAGAUGGGGAAAGAUAAAUAAUUUAUAAUCAUCUUUACACUUUGCAAAGAAGAAUAUUUGAUUGAUGAUUACAAAUGUGCUUCUGAAGAAGUCUAAUAGAAUUACUUUAGUUAAUCAGGCAAUAUGUUGUAUACCAAUAUAGAAUUCACUACUAUAAAUCCAUCGACAUUUGAACCAUAAUAAUUUCUUAGAACUUAUCCAAUUUAUGUUCACUCUGAUGCAGAACUAUGCUCUUAAAUUACCUUACAUUACUAAUUAAAUCAUUACCAAAUAAAUAAGGCAUUUUUAUUAUCAAACGAUAUAGAAGAGUAUAAUUAUAUAUCAAAUUCUCUGAAUUAUCCAUAAUUUGGUACUAAGAGUUAUUGUGAUAAAACCUUUUUACCAAAUACUUAUGGAGUAUAUUGGAUACUAUUUUAAUAGUAAUAUCGUACAAUCUAAAUUGGAUAUCCAUCAAUUAGUGAAGUUUUUGCAGCAAUAGGAUCAAUUAUCAGUAUACUAUUUUCUGUCAAAUAUUUAAUAACUAUAUUAAAUUUAUCUUAAAUGAGAUAAUCUGUAUUAGAUGACAUUAUGAGACAAUAUUAUCCUGAAAUUAGAAGAUUUGAUAUCAUUAAAAACUUUUGGGGAAAAAUAAAAUCAGUUAAAUUUGAUGGUUUGUAAGUAGAAUUACCUAGUUUUUUAGCAUUUCAAAAAUAGAUACAUUCUUAAAUGGCUUGUAAAUUAAAUUAUAAAAAUCUAUUAUAUGAAAUGUCAAGAUUUUAAUUUAUUAUAAUGUCAAUCAAAAGACGAAAAGAGAUAGAAAAAGUUCAUAAUAUAGGAAUUAAAGUACCUAUGAGAUUAUCAGAUUCAGGAGAAUCAUAUGUUAUUUCAGAGGGUAUCUAAAACCAAUAGAAAACCCUUAAUUUUAGACACAUGAACACACUUUCAACUAAAUAUGAUAUAUUAUCUAUUAAUGAUGCAUUAAUAUUAAGUUAAGAUUAUAAAAAGUGUAUGUAAUAACCAGAAACUUAAAUUGGUUUGACAACUAAUAAUGUAGAAAAUGUUAAUGAUAAUGAGGAGAAUGAAAGAGAUUAAGAUUUCUAUGAUAUUAAUUAUGUUAAAUAGUAAGAAUUACAAAUAAAAAAUAAUCAUAAUGAUGAAUAAUGA